GGCUUCAGCCAAAUGGCGAACGGAAGGACAAAUUAUAAACAAGUACGCGGAACUGGAAAACACGAGGCCUUGUCACACAUAUAAGUAAGAGAAUUUUACACUUUCUUGCAGACCGAAACAGCAGUAUUGCAAAGGAAGGGAAGCAGUCACUGUUGAUAGUUAGUAUAGAACUGAGCUAGGCCUCUAAACUCUAGCUUUCUCGACAGAGGAUAAGUGCAAACGGGUUAGCUUGCUAUCCAGCUAGUUGACUAACCUAGUUAAUCAGUAAGAUCAACCAUAUCAGGGGAAAAGCACAUCAGUAAGCCGCCAAGCAAUCAUUUUAAGCACGGUAUAAAGUUUUUGCUGUUAAUUAUAUCAUGAAUACAACGUCGGACUGCAGUAAUAAGCCGUCCGAAUGUAAUAAGAGAAGCGCGAGCCCGCGGCAGCAGGAGGACUCCCCGCUGUCCAAACAGCCCAAAGUAGAUGAGGAGGAAGAUGGAGAGAGCGAGUCGCGUGAACGCGCGCAAAAAUACGUCGUUCGAUUAAAGCACAAAAAUGGCGCGUCAGAGAACAGCGGUGCUUCUGAAUUCUCUGAAAACAUCACGCAAAAUGCAAAUGGGACAGAAAACGCCAGUGAAAAGGAACGGAAGGACAGAGAUGGAGAGACGUUUGAAGGCCGGACGGCGCGCUCGGAUUGCGCAACGAUAGUCGCAGCUGAAGCACUCGCGAGCCUCACCGGUUGCGGGGACCAAGGUACUGAAACUCCUUGUUCAUCCAAACAAGCCCUCGGUGAAAACACGGCUAGUAAAGCGAGCCGUGCAGAGCUGGAGCGCACUGGGCGUGCGACUGACAGCUGCUCGGUUUACGCGCUGAAACGUGUUGGUGAAGAGGCACAGGUGCGCGCGCGCUGCGCAGAUGAGGAAGAGGAGGACGAUGGUGACUCCCUCCCCGGGUCCUCUUUGACAGCCAGCUCGUCUGAUGAUGACGACGACGAGGAUGAUCAGGAGCGCGAGGAGUGCUCCAUCGUAUCGGUGCAAAUGGCACCCGAGCUGCGGCGCUCUGUCGCGCUCUUGGCCCAAGUGCAGAUGCGUCUGGACGCACUGGAGAAGAAGGGCGCGCGUCUGCAUCGACGCCUGGAGCUCAGGUUGGGCCGUCAGCGGCGUCCUCACCUCGAACAGCGCGCUGCCAUCGCGCAGAGUAUCCCGGGCUUCUGGCUCACUGCUCUUCUCAACCAUCCACAUCUGUCAGCCCAGAUUGAUGAAAACGAUGAAGAUGCUCUCAGCUACAUGAUCAAUUUGGAGAUCGAGACUUUCAAAAACAACAAACUUGGCUACCGGAUUUGCUUCCAUUUCCGUAGGAAUCCGUUCUUUCAGAACAAAGUCAUAGUAAAAGAGCUUCAUCUUGGAUUGGGAGGCUCCCCUGUUUCUUUCUCAAAUCCAAUUGUUUGGCAUCAUGGACAGUCCUUGACAAGGAAUGGAGAACCAAGGCGAAAUUCACGUGGAGUUUAUGAGAGUUUCUUCCAUUGGUUCGAUGACCAUAGCAGUCCUGGAAUGGAUGAAAUAGCACAGAUCCUGAAAGAUGACCUGUACAAAGACCCUCUUAGGUACUACCUGACACCAUUGUGGGAGCCACAAGAAAAUGGCAGCACAUCCAAACCACCCCAAAACAGUAAUGGCGAUGAGUGUGUGAUCAUCUCGGAUUCAGAUGAUGAUGAUGAUCAGGAAUUGGUGUCACAGGAUCGACAACAACAGGAAGAUCAGGAUGAGGAGGACAAUGAAUAUGAAAGUCGAAUCACAGGUGCUGAUGGCAGUGACCAUGACAGAGUGGAAUCUUCCACCGAGGAGAGGCAAGAAGAGGAAGUAGAUAUUGAGGAAAUGGAUGAUAUGUGUCAGUCAGCCAGCAGUGAGGUUAGAGAGCUGGGCCAGAAAGACGAAGAUGUAGAUAUUGAAGAUAAUGAGGAUGAGGACGAAGAUGAAAACUAGCAACAGUAUGCAGAAAAAGAUUAGAGUUAUAUUUUAAGCAAAUUAUGGACUUAUUAGGGCAUUGUUAUUGCAAGUAGCUAUAUCAUGUCUGAUAAGUAAAGUAUCAUGAGCUUUUAAAGAAACAACCAAAAUUGCUGGUUGUAAUACAAGCUAAUGCAAGAUGACGUCAUCAUUAAUAUUUUACUACAAAAUACGGGAUGUAGGAAAAAAACUGGAUGAUUUAAUGAGAUGUUCCAUGGCAGUGUAAAUCAUGUGUACAGGCUUUGUGUCGUUCCCAAUCUAGACUAACUUUCACAUUUUUAUUUCAAACAACAGUAGAGGUUUUUAACAGUGGUUACUGUUAAAAUGCAUACCUGUUUUUUAAUUGCAUGGUCUAUUUUCAGCUAAAAGGACAACUACUGUAACUCAACUCUGUUGUGUUCCUGUUGGUCCACAUCAUUGUUUCUGUUUUUUCCAUGAUGUGCUUCUGCAGCAGAGGCAGAAGUUAAAAAAAUAAAAACCCUAUUAUUUUCUUCUAUGCAUAAGGAUUUAUAUGACCGUUAACACAAAAUGAAAACCCUUUAACCAGAUUUUUUUUGGUUAUGAGUUUAAUAUUUUUAAGACUUUGUGGUAAUCAAUCUGAAAGUGUAAGUUCUAAAUAAAUUUCAACGUAAAUACGAAACUGAACCAAAACUGGACCACUCAGGGAUGUUUAUUACAGUGGACUUGUUUCUUUGAUGUGUUUUUAUUGGGUACAGUAAGAUUUAUUACUUUGGUCUGAUUUAUUAAUAGUUAUUCAAAUUUUAAGGUAAAUUCAUUAAACUAAUUACAGACUUUUUUUUUUUUUGUAACAAUUAGCAGAUAGGAACACUUCUUUUUCUGUGCAUGGUAGGAAACUUAAUCAUUACUUUGAAAUAUAUGGCAGCUCUGUUUAGAAUAAUGGCACUAAAAUAGAUGGCAGCACACUGUUGAUCCACAUGCAUGAACAUGCUAUAAGCAGUCGCAAGCUGUAAGGAAUAAUCAUAUCCAUCUUUUGUUGUUGUUGUUGUUUUUUUUUGCCAUGGAAAAAGGAACUCAUUAGACCAGGUGGUCUGAUCUGACUUUAUCAAUAGACUAUUUUUUUGUUAUGAUACAUUCAUAAAACAUGCAUUAUACAUCUGUAUGAGUGUGUAUAUGCAGGUCAUUUGUAAUUUUUCUGUAUUGUCAUCGCCAGCAGUGCUAACUUUCUGCUGUAACCCUUAUCUUUUUUUUUCUUUUUUUUUGUUAAUUUAUUGGUAUAUGUAAUUAAUCUACUGCCAACUGAAUGAUCAUGCCUUAUCCACACAUACAACUUAAUUGUUGGCAAAGUCCUAGAAUACUAAGUUUGUACAUCCAAGAUGUUUAUUGUAAGUGUAAUUUCUAACCCUUAAUUAAGGGUUUAUAAUUUGUUAGUUUUGUAAUUUAAAGUGUAUUGGCUUAAAGCACAUGAAGAGAAAGCUAUUUUUGUGUGGUAAAGUUUAUAGCUUAAAAGUUUCACAUAUAUGGUAUGAUUUGUCUUUAAAUAAAUGUUCCUCUUUU